AUGUUAAACAAUCCCACUCUUAUAGGACUCGAAAUCGCUUCCGGACCAGGUGGUGGCUUCCGAUUGACGGGUGGAGGUGCUCAUCGAGAAGCCUUCUUGGCGGCAACUGUGAACGAGAGUUUCUCUGGAGAGACCCUCUCUCAGAGUAUCCAUGAAGUGCACAAUUUCUCAGCUGGCGAGGUGCUUGUCGUCAAGAACAAAGUGAAGACGAAUGUUUUCGAAAUGAAACCAUCGGAAGGAGAAGUUGGCUUGGAGAUCGUGCCCGAUAGGGGUGACAAACAAGGAGUAGACGUGCAUCCCAUCCCACCAUCGAAAUCAUCCGGUUUGGAUUUGACUACCUCAGCACCAGUUUUGACAGUAACACUACCUGGUGUGGUUUCCACACUAGGAGGUGCUUCUGCUGUCACGACGUCAAUCCCAAUCACAGAAAUCCCAGUGCAUACGUUCACUACAGAGGCGCCAGUUCCAACGAAAAAUGCCACAUCUGCGACCUUUUCUCACGCAACUGACAGUCAUGGAAUCGCCACUCCUGGAAAAGAAAUCGCGGGAAGAACUAGCACUGUGGCCUCCUUCACAUCUCAUGAAUCCUCUGGUGAAGAGCCAAGGACACCCUCUGGCACUGGAGAUUCUACGGAUCUACCGGACAUUCGAACUUUAGCCAGAUCAGGAUCACCACAUGAAGAUGAAGAUCUUAUUGCGCAGAAUACCACUUAUUCUGCUUUCACAGAUAUUAUCGGUGAAGUGGAACUCACAGCUGAGGAGAAAGUGACUCCUAGGACGGGUGUGAAAUCUUCUAUUAGUGAUGAGGGCAGCGGAAAUGACACUGUAGGCCAGGGAACGACACUUUCUGCGAGCUCUAGCGAGGAAGAAAUUAUAAAAUUGUUGGGAACAACUUCUGGUGAUGGUAAAGGCAAGUCAGGGACUGAUUCAAUAUCUCUUGGAACUCCGAAAGCGGAAGGUACCAAGGUGAUAGCGAUUACUGGAACUUCUGAGGAGGCAGCCCAGCGUAGAGCAUUACAAUCCGGUACAACUCCACUUGGAAGCGGAGAAACCAGUAAGGAGCCGAAGAUUGGUGACUCUACCACUGAUGGACCAGCAAGGGCUAGUGAAGCCAGUACAGGAAAGACUGAGCCUGCCACAUCGGAAAGCACCGGUAAAGGAAAGGAAACUAUCACUGGCUCGACAACACAAGCAGGUAGUGCUCAAAAAGGAGCCAGUGCGCCAGGUGCGACAUCUGCUGGUACCUCGGGAAGCACAUCCGUUGGGUCAACAAAGUCUACGUUGUCUGAAAGCGCUGAAACCACAGUUGCAAGCGCCAAACUGUCAACGACCACUGGAUCCACGACGGUUGGAACCACCUCUGAAGAUGAAACCUUGACAACCUCGAUUGAGACUUCUCCAGGAAGAGGAGCCACUGGAGCAAAAGCAACACCAACACCAGAUUCAGAAAAAGAAAAAGCUCGAACACCUCCCAAAGUAACUACUGAAGGUUCAUCCAGUUCUACUAGAUCCCCCGCAGCUGGAGAGAAAGCAGAAACGAAAGUAGAAAAAUCAACAAAGGCAACGCCUAGCCUUGAAAAGCCAUCAGAAAACGAAGAGGGCUUAGAAAUUUCUUUUGUUCCUACCGGAAAACCCACAAUCCCAAAAGAAUCGCAGAAAAUCGGUCCAACAAAUGUAGAAGGUGAGGGUUCUGGAGAAGACCUGAAGGGUAAAGGCAAGGCAGAUAAGACCAGCAUCGUUGUAAACGUGUCCACAGCGUCGGAAGCUCCCAGUGGAAGUGCCGGAAGCGGUCCUCUGAUAGGAGCUGAAAUUGUGCAGUUUGAGAAGGGAGAAUUUGGCAGCAUUAGUUCGGGUCACGUUAGGUUACCUGGAGGACCGAAAGUAUCUGCUGGCACUGUCUCAAAAACAGUCUCAGGAACCCAAGGAUCGGAAUCGUCCCUAGAAGCUCCAGUCACAGAAGGACCUAUCAAUGGUGACGAAGUUGGAUUGGAGAUUGUACAUCAUGGCGGUAACGGUACCGCUCCGCCCGAAUUGGGCCUAGAGAUUGGCCCUAUACGACCCAGAGUUACAUCGAAGCCCGGAAAGCCAGACAUCAUUACUGAUGGAGAACCAAGCGGCAGCCAAGAGAUAAUCGAUGGUGUAACACCUAAGGGAAAGGGAACCACGAAAGCUCCACUUGCUGGAUCCAGUGAGAUUAGUGAAGGCUCUGGUGAAACCACGCCCAGCAUAAGUGCAGUCGAAGCCACCCGUGCUCCUAUUUCUUCUGUGACAGGAGUUUUGGAAGCAUCUGGAGAGCCAAGCACUUCUUCUGAACUUACCACUACUGAGCAGCCUGAUUUGGUUCUUUCGAUAGGUACAACGAAAAAGAGUGACUCUGCUGGUACUACCGCCUUAGGAGAACAAGCCAGCAUUACUACAGAACAACCUGAUCUCGUUCUCUCGACAACAUCCACACUGAAAGAAACCAGUGCCACCACAGAGCAACCUGAUCUUGUUUUAUCAAUGGGAACGACACUGAGGACGGAAACGCACACGACAGGAACAGCUACCACGAAGGGAAGUGAAGCCAGCUUAGAAGAA